AUGGAAGCUCAAAUCACACCAAAUACGUUCUGCACAUAUACCGCGCUCCCGAAAGAUGCAACGACAACGGUGUUUUUCAUAUCCGGAAACCCGGGGCUAAUUGGCUAUUACCACCCAUUCCUGUCUUUGUUGGGGAAGUAUCUGGCGAAGACAGGCGAUCAGUCUAGCAUUGAGUCGUCUAUCCAGAUUUAUGGAUGUAGUCUCGGUGGAUUCGAGGUUGAUUGUGAGAACACGACAAGUGAGAAUGAGCCUCAAGAUAGGAGGUCCAAGUUAUACGAUCUGGAAGAUCAGAUCGUCUUGGUUCAUGAUAAACUCAAUGCGCUCAUGAGUGUAAAUGCUUCUUCCACAAAGAAUACAUCUGGAUCUUCGGCUAAGCGGAAGGUCAUUCUCAUGGGCCAUUCUGUGGGUGCAUAUAUCGCGAUGGAAGUUCUACGACGACACCGCGAGGCAAAUCCUCAAUCUGAAACUGCAUCUCCAAGUUCAUAUACAGUGGACUUUGACAUUAUCGGUGGCGUGAUGCUAUUCCCAACAGUGAAAGAUAUUGCGCAUUCUCCGUCGGGCCAGAAAUUGACGACUCUACUAUCAUUCGUACCCCAUCUAGCACUAAUAGUGAGCUUUUUCGCUCGGAUACUCACCACCCUCCUCCCAACUUCAGCCCUAAAAUCCCUGGUCAAACUGGUCAUGCACAAUCCACCAAGCCACGCCCUCGACACGACAACCUCGUUCUUGAAAAGUACUGGUGGUGUACGACAAGCACUACACAUGGCCGCCGACGAAAUGCGCACAAUUACAUCCGACAAAUGGACAGACGAUGUCUGGGGCGUUGCUCAUGCGCGUGAGCCCCUUACCAAGCUGUUUUUCUACUUUGGUCGGAAUGACCAUUGGGUUGCGGAGAAGACGAGGGAUGAGAUUGUUGCGGUGAAGGGGUGUAAGCAUGGGGAUGGAGAUGGGGGGUUGGGACCGAGGAUGUUUGUUUGUGAAAAGGGGCUGCCGCAUGCUUUUUGCUUGAAGCAUAGUGAUCUUAUGGCUCGGAAGGUUGCAGAUAUGAUUCGGGAUAUUGGGACGGCCUAA